AUGCUGUCUCGCGCCAGAAUCAUUUUCCGCAAGCUCCGUGGUAGUGGCAGCAGCCGUGGCAGCGAGCCCGCGCCAUCAGCGCCGGCCGCGACAGCAGAGAGUGAAACUGACGACCCACCCCCUCGCGCCCUCCAUAUCAGCGACUGGAGGCGGUCAGCCACCGAGCAACGCUACCAUCGCGGUCAGCAGCACAUGGAAAUUAUUGUCGUGAAUGCCAAAGGCGCAGCCGAUGGCACUCGUCUUUACGAACUACUGGGGAGAGAGAAGGAUUUUUGGCCCGAGUUCGACGUUACAUUGGACGACUCUGGCACAGAUUUCGUUUGUAAUGGUUACCUCUACAAUGUCCACUUCACCUCGGCCAGCGGUCUGGCGCGUUAUUCAGCGAUGCUCUCGCUCUAUCAGCAUAUCCCCCUCAUCUUCACAUAUGAUGCUUCAUCAAGGGAAUCAUGGGACGAAAUGGUCACCGCGUAUGAGAGCAUGCGCAGCCGCUGCAAAGAUGGGAUCCACCCCUUUCUUGCGAUAAUGAUUGCCGCUAUGGGUGAAGGUGACGGUCAAUUCCCUGUGUCGCAUGCAGAAGCCGAGGCGUUUGCAGCCCAGCGGGACUGUCUAUUUGUCAAGGGCUCACCCACAACUGGGCGCGGCCUUUGCGAUGCAGUCUGCUCACUAGUUGAGCUGGCGUACGGCGCUCGUGAUCAAUAUACUACGGAUCAGAAGGAUUCUCCCCAGAGGUUAAAGAGGGCGAACGCAAUUGCGGCAUUAUUCCCACCUAGGGAUGCCUAG